UCUGUUAGACCCCAUCACACAGUGGCUGCAUAUUAAAGAUCUGAUUGCAGAGUGAAACCACAGAAAAAAACUAUUAAGGUUUCUCGUGUGCAUUUUCUGUCGACACUCUCAUGAAGUAACAUUAAUUCAUAUACUUUAACCCAAAGGUAUCUGCAAAGUCCUCCCUUCCAACAAACUUUCUUUCACUUUCAACAUAUAACCAACUUCAGUUCACAUGUUCAUUUCCUCUAAAUCAUAUUCAAAUGCAAACUUGAUAUCUGAUCUCAGAUAGUUUGAUAUGUUCUCUCUACAUAUGCAUGUACUUGUAAAGCAUUUAUUGUGUUUUUUAAAUAUGAAGUUGGAGUUAAGGUUUGCAUCUGAGUGUGACAGAGUAAUUGGGUGUCUGCAUUGGCACUGAGAGCUGAAAGAGAAGUGGACUUUAUGGAGGGACUUGCAGCGAGGGUGAUUUGGGCCAAGGGCCUCCAGUUGAGGAGAACUGAAUUUCUGUAUACCAUUGCCUCCAUGCUCCAGAGGCUCCCCAUGGUGCCCAUAUUUGGUGUAGUGGAGAUGCUGAGGCAGCAGUGCCAUAGGUGGCCAAGUCUCUAUGAGCCAGUGCCUUGGUGCAUACCCUCAACUCCGUACCACCACACAAGAUACCUCACCCAGCUCUGCUUCCCCAGACACUGCAGAUUCUCCUUUCACAGAGUCUGCUUUUCUUUCUGGUCCCCCAUAGCCCUACUCAAACCCUAAUGCAACUUCAUUACUCUAUUCAUUUCCUGACUGUAACCAUCAUGGCCACUUACACCCCUGAUCCCUACAGCCCUUGCUCAGUCCUUCAGUUCUCCCAUAUUGUUCCUGUUUGCAAGAUCAUCAUCAUGGUGAGCCAAAUUUGAAUGCGCUAAUGUCUGACACAGAAAUAUCGAUAUUGUGCUCAUCCCAAAUACUCUGCCCUGUACCACUUCCAUUUACACUCUGAGCCCCUACCUUACUGCCUGCUUAACUCUUCAGCACUGCAGUUUCCUGAGGAAACCCUUUUUACCUUCCCAAAGUCUUGCUCACGUCUAGGUCCUCUUCAGUUUACCCCCAUACUUUCUGCUGUCCAACCUGCUUAAAUGGGUCUCCAGAGAUGGGGCUGUAUGUGAGGAAUUGAUCUGGGAGAUCGGGAGGGACAGUGGGCAGUGUUGGAAAGCAUAAGUAGCUGGCCAAACUGGAUAGUUCCUGACCUUUCCAGCAAUGAAUUAGGGUAUGAUAAAUUUGGAAAAUAAUAUUUUAAGUUUUCUGUCCCUGAGCAUUUAUGAGAGUGUGUCUGUGUGUGAAGUUCAGAAUUUGUGGUGAGUAUGAUUGUCUAUCUGUGGGAACCUCAAAAACCCAAACCGUCAUUAGAAUCUCAGGAAAUCUCAGACUGAGAAUAUUCUAGGGCAGAUUCAGUUGAUUGACCUGUGAAGAGUAGCAUGCUAAAUUUGGAGACUAAAUGUUUAAGUAUGAAAUGUAGAUAUUGUAAUUCUGUUUUAAGAUCUUAACACAAUCUUCAUGAGGAAGCUACUAUUAUGCAUCUCCAUUCUUCCCCUGGCUACUUGGCUCUCAUUCUCUUGCCUCUAUUCUAUCUCCUGGCCACUAUUCCCAAUUGUCAAUUUUAGGAGCAUGGAACUUCUUAUAUUCUUAGCCCUGGUCUACACUAGGACUUUAGGUCGAAUUUAGCAGCUUUAAAUAGAUGUAAACCUGCACCCGUCCACACGAUGAAGCCCUUUUUUUCGACUUAAAGGACUCUUAAAAUCGAUUUCCUUACUCCACCCCUGACAAGUGGAUUAGCGCUUAAAUCGGCCUCGCCGGGUCGAAUUUGGGUUACUGUGGACACUAUUCGACGGUAUUGGCCUCCGGGAGCUAUCCCAGAGUGCUCCAUUGUAACCGCUCUGGACAGCACUCUCAACUCAGAUGCACUGGCCAGGUAGACAGGAAAAGAACCGCGAACUUUUGAAUCUCAUUUCCUGUUUGGCCAGCGUGGCAAGCUGCAGGUGACCAUGCAGAACUCAUCAGCAGAGGUGACCAUGAUGGAGUCCCAGAAUCGCAAAAGAGCUCCAGCAUGGACUGAACGGGAGGUACGGGAUCUGAUCGCUGUAUGGGGAGAGGAAUCCGUGCUAUCAGAACUCCAUUCCAGUUUUUGAAAUGCCAAAACCUUUGUCAAAAUCUCCCAGGGCAUGAAGGACAGAGGCCAUAACAGGGACCCGAAGCAGUGCCGCAUGAAACUUAAGGAGCUGAGGCAAGCCUACCAGAAAACCAGAGAGGUGAACGGCCGCUCCGGGUCAGAGCCCCAAACAUGCCGCUUCUAUGAUGAGCUGCAUGCCAUUUUAGGGGGUUCAGCCACCACUACCCCAGCUGUGUUGUUUGACUCCUUCAAUGGAGAUGGAGGCAACACGGAAGCAGGUUUUGGGGACGAAGAAGAUGAUGAUGAUGACGUUGUAGAUAGCUCACAGCAAGCAAGCGGAGAAACCGGUUUUCCCGACAGCCAGGAACCGUUUCUCACCCUGGACCUGGAGCCAGUACCCCCCGAACCCACCCAAGCCUGCCUCCUGGAGCCAGCAGGCAGAGAAGGGACCUCCGCUGCAUGUGUUUCAAUGAUCACAGGAUCUUCUCCUUCCCAGAGGCUAGUGAAGAUUAGAAAGAAAAAAAAACGCACUCGUGAUGAAAUGUUCUCUGAGCUCGUGCUGUCCUCCCACACUGACAGAGCACAGACGAAUGUGUGGAGGCAAAUAAUGUCAGAGUGCAGGAAAGCACAAAAUGACCGGGAGGAGAGGUGGCGGGCUAAAGAGAGUAAGUGGCGGGCUGAAGACAGAGCUGAAGCUCAAAUGUGGCGGCAGCGUGAUGAGAGAAGGCAGGAUUCAAUGCUGAGGCUGCUGGAGGAUCAAACCAGUAUUCUCCAGUGUAUGGUUGAGCUGCAGCAAAGGCAGCUGGAGCAUAGACUGCCACUACAGCCCCUGUGUAACAACCGCCCUCCUCCCCAAGUUCCAUAGCCUCCGGCCACCCAGCCACUCCACCACAGAGGAUUGCCCAAAAAACAGAAGGCUGGCAUUCAAUAAAUUUUAAAGUUGUAAACUUUUAAAGUGCUGUGUGGCAUUUUCCUUCCCUCCUCCACCACCCCUCCUGGGCUACCUUGGUAGUCAUCCCCCUAUU